UACUAUAGUGCAUGAACAGGAAGUGGCUUCAUUUCUGAAGAAAGCACGCAUAAAAAAGUCCUUUUUCUUAAACGUUUUCAAAUAUGCUUGACCCUCAAAGACAUUCCUUUGUCAUUACAUUUCUUUUUGUUGUUGACACACUCUUCAUACACGUAAAAGGAGAUGACCUGUCCCCUGUACAGGAACCAGCUUCAGAAAUGAAAUAUGCAGGAAUAGGAAUAGGGGUCGGUUUAUUUCUUUCAGUCUGCUUCAUCGCAAUAAAGUUGUACAUGAUCAAAAGGCACAUGCUGGACAAUGAACAGUCAGAGGAUUCAAUGAGAGCAAAUAUACGAAGUUUUGAGGUUGAAAGCAGGACCUGACCACAGAAGGGAAAGUUCCAUCUCUGAACAGAAUUUCAUGCUAUUAUGUCAUGUUUUUAAUGUCUGCAAUGUUUAUUAACAAAUAAAAGAUGUUAAUAAAUAUUCAACAGAUAAUAAUCU